AAACUCUCCUCCCUUCGCCUCGCCCCACACCCUCGCUCGGAGCCAAAUCCUCCAGCGGACGGGAGGAGACUUGAGUUAACAGGAGGAGGACAAAAAAAUAAAUAAAAAAUAAUCACCAGAGUAGGAGAAAACAACCGUCUCCGCCUCUCUGCUGAUCCACUAUCGCUGCCGCCACCACCCUUGCAGCUGCUGCUGCUGCGGAGACAGGCGGGCGCCUCAGACUCACCUGGUAGCUCGUCCAGCGCGCGCGCGCGCCGCCGUUUCCGCCAGUCCCCUUUUCCCGCCGAGCCCACCUUCGCCCGCCCGCGCGCGCGCGCCCCCGGUCGUCCUCCCCCAUUCCAGCUGCAGCAUGGCCCCGCUGGCGAGAGCGCGGCGCAUGGGGGGCUCGUGGACGGACGCCGGCCUCCGGGUCUUCGUCGGUCUCCUGGUACUAAAUUUAUUUUGUGAAGCUAGCAAGAAAGUGACUUUUAACGUGCCUUCCAAACUGGAAGCAGGAACAUUAAUUGGCAGAUUAAAUCUGAGACAGUAUCUUAGGACUUCUGACCUGAUCAGUUCAAGUGAUCCUGAUUUCAUAGUUCUAGAAGAUGGUUCUGUAUAUACAACAAAUGCUGUUUCUUUGUCUUCUGAGAAGAAAGCUUUUACCAUAUCGCUUAAUGACUUGCAAGGUCAUCUGCAAAAGAAAAUACAUGUCAAUUUGCAUCCAAACAAGACUCAUACAACAGGAGAGACCAUUCUUAGACGAACUAAACGAAGAUGGGCUCCUGUUCCAACCCUAAUAAUGGAAAACUCACUAGGACCUUUCCCAAUGCAAAUUCAGCAGCUGUCUUCUGAUACAGCCCAAAAAUACAAAGUGACAUAUUCUAUAAGUGGUCGUGGAGUCGACCAACCACCACUAAAUUAUUUUUAUAUUGAGAGUGAAACAGGAAAUCUCUUUGUUACUGUCCCAAUAGAUCGGGAAGAGUAUUCAGAAUUUGAGAUAAUUUGCAAUGCAAGGACAUUAGAUGGCUAUACUCCAGAGGUACCACUUAGACAUGUAAUCCGAAUUGAGGAUGAUAAUGACAACCCACCAAUGUUUGAUCCAGUUACUUGGACUUUUAAUGUUGUAGAAAACUGCAGAGCUGGUACCGUGGUUGGACAAAUAACUGCAACAGACAGAGAUGAACCUGAUACACUGCACACUAAACUGAAAUACAGAAUUGUGGGCCAGAAUCCUAUACCGCUUCAAGGUUCCAAUACGUUCACUAUACAUCCAGAUACAGGUUCUAUUACUGUGGCAUAUCCAGUUCUGGAUAGAGAGAAAAUAACGACAUACACAAUACUGGUAGAAGCAAGAGAUAUGGGAGGCCAGCCCUUUGGUUUGUGCAAUACUGCAACAGUUGUAAUUGAAGUUGAUGAUGCAAAUGAUCAUGCACCCAUGUGUGAGCACAGCAUGUAUGAAGCAUAUGUUAAUGAAAACACAGUUGGUGCAAAAGUAAUGGACAUCGGUGUCGUAGACAAAGAUUCACCUGGAACACCUGCCUGGCAUGCUACCUUCAACAUUAUAAAGGGAAAUGAAGAUGGUGCUUUCAAAAUUGUAAAAGAACCUAAUUCAAAUAUUGGUACACUAUGUGUUGAAAAGGGGCUGGACUACGAAAGAAACAAGGAGAGAAAGUUGGAAAUUGUUGUAAAUAAUGAAGCACCUUAUUUCCUACCACCAAAUUCAAGAGCAAUUUCUACAAGUACUUGCGUUGUUGUUGUCAAAGUGCGGGAUAUGGACGAAGGCCCUGUAUUUGAUCCUUGUGUAUUAAUUUUGGACAUCAAGGAAUGUUUGCCUGCUGAAACGAUGGUUGGCCAGUACACAGCAAGGGACCCAGAAACUGGAAAUUCUGAAGGCAUAAUUUAUAGAAUAAUAAAUGAUCCCUGUAACUGGAUCACCAUUGACAACGCAGGUCAGAUCAGAACCACUAGACUCCUAGACAGGGAGCAACCACAAAUGCAGCUCUACCAGUGUAACGUAACAGUCUCUGCAACGGACAGGAGUGGUAAAACAGGCACUGGAGUAAUAGUGGUUAAUCUGAUAGAUGAGAAUGACAAUUUCCCAGUGAUUCCCAAGACGGAGUACAUAAUUUGCAGAGACAGACAACCAGUUUGCCUUACUGCUGUGGAUGCUGAUUUACCUGAACAUGGAGCCCCUUUCAGUUUUACUCUUCCUGACCGCAUGAUCCCACAGUGGAGAUUGACACAACAUGAUGAAAACUCUGCAUACCUGGUACCAGCAGAGAACUUGCCAUUUGGUUCUUACGACAUCCCUGUGAUGGUAACUGAUCGUGCAGGCAAAGGUGGAAUCACUGAAGUUCGUGUAAUUAUGUGUGAUUGCACCACCCCUAGUGAUUGCCGUUAUUGGCCACGGGUGGUGCCACCGGUUGGACGUCAGGCUCCUAAUGUGACUCUUGGUCUUUGGGCCAUCCUUGCAAUGAUUGGGGGAUCCUUGUUGCUAUUAUUAAUCCUGAUAACACUUUGCGGCUGUUGCGGUGCUGCACCUGUGAGUAGCAGUAAGCAUGUGUGUGAUGAUUUAGCUAACCAGAACUUGAUCAUUUCAAACACUGAAGCACCUGGUGAAGAAGUAAUGGACCCCAAUAUACUUCCUGUGAAAACAGGAAACAUGGUUACUUAUGAUCAAGGCACUCUUGGAGUAAAAACUGGAGGACAGGAAAGCUUUGAGAUGGUCAAGGGACACCAGACACUGGAAUCAGUCAAGGGCGGAGGACACCAGACCCUAGAAUCUGUUAAAAUGGGACAUCAGACAUUAGAAUCUGGAAGAGGAGGAUAUGGACAAUCUGCGAUGGAUGCAUAUAGAUACAGUUAUUCAGAUUGGCAAAAUUUUACACACCCUCGCCUAACUGAGAAGGUAUAUCUCUGUGGACAGGACGAAGAGCACAAGCAUUCCGAAGACUAUGUCCUUUCAUAUAAUUAUGAAGGAAGAGGAUCGCUGGCUGGCUCUGUAGGCUGCUGCACUGAUCAGCAAGACGAAGAGGCGCUUGACUUUUUAGAUCAGCUGGAACCCAAGUUUAGGACAUUAGCAGAAACCUGUAUAAAGAGAUAAAUGUGCUGACAACAAUGCAGAGAAUUGUCGCCCUUUCCACAGGAUAUCAACUUGAAUACAAAUAUUUUUUAUGCCCCGCCCUUUCUUGUGGGAGUAGUUAAUCAGAAGACGUUGUAACAUUAGGUUUGUCAAUAUCAAACUUUCUGUGCUGGAUACUCUGUGCUAUUUGACGUACCUAUGUGUGUACUGCCUUAGAUUUACACCAAAAAGUAUUUUUUAAACCAAAUGUACAGUCAAUAUUGUAGUCCCAUAACUUUUCAAAAUAGCAACAGAGUUUCUAGUGUUCUCUGUAUCUGCUGUUACAGGGAGGCAAAAUGUAUUCUUUAUCAUUUUAAGAACUGAGCUUCAAAAAUUUCUGGCUGUUUGGGUCUGGGUUAUAGCAAGCAUGGUUUGAUUCAUCUGAAUCUUUCCUUUAGUUUUAUAGGAAUAAACGCUCAAUACUAUUGCUGAAUGUUAAAAUAGUUAUUCAUUUCUUACAUUCUUACAAAAAACAGGGUUUCUAAGUAUUUUUUAAAAUGGGAUCUGUAACAAAAUUUGCAGCCAGCCAUUACCUUUUCUAGAAUACUCCCCCCCCCCGUCCCAGUUCCCCAAAAACACAGCUUAUUGUGGCUACUGAGCACUCAUGCAUUGGGCUGCUUUGAUUCUCCCUCUCCAUUUUUCUUUUUAAGCAUAUUUACUAACCUGACGAUUACCUCCUUCUGGAGUAUGGACAGUGUUGCUUUGAUUAUGUAAUGAUUGAUACUCGGAGAAUGUGUUCAUUAUUAGCAGGGCUUUUUAAAAUCCUGAACUCGCCAGAAUUCAGUUCUGCCAUCUCUCAGGUGGGCGCCAUUGCCAUUCUAUGAGAAUGAGGGAGGUGUUCAUGGUGAGUUCUGGCACCUCUUUUUCUAGAAAAAUAGCACUGAUUAUUAGCAUAUAUGUAAUGGCAGAGUAGAGCUGGCCAUGUCAACGCUAGUAUUGCUUUAGCAUGCAUGCAUGGAGCACAGUAGUAGUGAGGUCAGUCCGUGCAGGUGCAUUGGCAAAGCUCACCUGGCUCAGCUCCAACCUCACCAGCUGCAGUGAUACUGGAGUUGAGAAGGCUAUGCUGUAUGGACUGCUAGAUGAGUUUAAUUAGGCCAAAGCUCCUAAACUGGUAAAUAGAGAAGGAAGAGAGUGAAAUGUUUUGAUGUAUAUAUGUACACAUUUUUCUUUGUACUGAAUUUUUGUGUUCCUCAAAUCUGACAGCAUUAGCUUGUAUGUUCAAAUCCACUGGAGGAAUAAGUAUAGAAAUUAAAAUGUGACAUUCACAUGUCAUUGAAAAUGUUUGCCAAGCCCACAGUUUCCCCCAAAAGACUUUAAAUUAAUUCAAAGUAUAAUACUUGUAUUUGCCACUCUAAUACAGCUGGGUGUUAAAAUACUACAAUAGGAACUGGAGAAAAUCGCUAGCGUUCAGGCACUACUUAUUGUUGACUCCUCCCAUCUCAGGAAAAGUGGGGAGCUGAACUUGGAGCAACGAAGGUAUGAUCUGUGCUGAUUCUGUGUUAUCACGUAGUGACUGGUGCUUUGCACUUUACAUGCAUGAAUGUGCCUGUUGUAUACGGUUCUGAUGGAAUAAACAUUGACUGAUAUUUUUUAUACAUCUGUAUACAUACAGUUUGUUUGGGAAUUCAAGAGAAAUGUAUUGGAAAUUUUGAAUUGUAAAUAAAGGGAAGGAGGUGUGCUGUAGCGGCUGUUUUGAUGUUACACGUCAUAGUCUUAAUCAGGUGAUUUUUAAAAAACAGAUGUUUCUUUGCUAGAAAUUAAUUGAGCUAAAAUGAAAGGCUUUCAUUCUCAUCAAGUUGCUAUUUUAGGCUUUUCUUUUGUGCUUUAUUAUGCUCAUGUCAGUGCCAUUGAGCAGGGAUAACAUGAAGUUGCUGCAACAAUAGAAUAAUGAGUUUGAUUCUUCUGGUGCACUAAGGAUCUUAAACACUGAAGAUCCUGUUACUUUGGUGAAAUUGGUAUAUAGUCUAUUUCCUAGUACAUCUUAUAUUAGUCUUCAAGCCUUUUAUGCCAUACAGACAUAUUUCUCUAGAUCUGCAGAAUCCAGAGAAGAUACUCAAAAUGUUGUAAAGCAUUACAAGGCCUUAACUUACCAAUAAUAUAGCUUUUAGGUUCAGGGUGUUUUCAGGGGUUGGGUUUCUAAUGCACAGACUGCUGAAGUCACUUCUUCACACUUAACACUCACUGGCUUACAUGGGUGUGUUAUUAAUAAACAGGUCCUACUUUGGACAUCAGAGCCCUCAACCAGUUUACAAUUGUGAUGAAGUCUCAUUGAAAUAAUUGGGAUUUAAUAUACACAUGACUACCUUCUUGCAUUUGUUUCAGUGGAACAUGGAUGACUGAAUAACCUUAGGUAGAUUGUAGCCCCCAAACAAAGGCAUAAAGUAAAAGAAGUAAAAACUGAUGGAACAGAAAGAAGAUGAAUGAAUGGGCUGUAUCAAAUACUACAUUCUUGGUGUUUUUUUCCUGGCUAUAAUAAUAUAAAAAGAAAAUGGGGGAGAAAUCAUGGGUUUUGUGGUUUACUUUUAAGCUUUGAGAAAAAAUAAAAACAGAAAUACAGGCUUCUCUGUUUGUAUCUUACACUCCAAAUAAUUCAUAUAUCAAUGUAUAAAGCAAAAUCUAAGAGCAAAUUAAGUAUAUAGUAUUCUGAACUAAUUCUGCUAAAAUGCAAGCUUGCAAAAGUAGCAGCUACGCCUUAUUGAGAAAGAGUUUUUGUAUGUUGGGCUAGCUUACCCAUCAAUUUAAAUCUGCCUAAGUAAUGUUGCAAUGUUAAUGGGUGUUGCACUGAGUCACAACAGCUAUAAAUCUGAUGCAGGGGCUUUUCUUGAAAAGAAAACACAGUAUGACAUAAAAGUAUUAACUGAUGAGCUAUUACAGAAGGUUUCAAUUCAGCUCUUUCCCCUCAUUUGUGUAACAUUUAAAUAUCUAAGAAAAACCUGUUCAAAGUUAUUUGAGAAAAUGGAAGUCUCCAGAAGGAUACUUUAAGAAGUUUUCUGUCGUUUUAAAAUGGAGACCAGCUUUGGGUUCCAAACUUGUCACUACCCACCCCCUGGUAAUCCUGAGUUGACUGUAUUUAUUGAAACCAAGGUAGUCUUACAAAUCUAUUUGUGUUUUAUUUUAAAAAACAAAACAAUAAAAACUGCAAAAGCCAAUUAUAAAGUAAUAUAAACAUUAAUAUUUCUAUUGAUUUUCUUCUAAAUACAAAACACCAUGAAAUAUAAUAUGGACUCCAAAUCAUACACUAUAUUUUCUGUUUCCUUAAUUUAGUUCAUGUAUAUAAAAGGAACCAUAAAAUCACAGUGUUGGAAGGGACCACAAUGGUCAUCUUGUACAACUUCCUGAAAUGCAGGAAUCUUUUUGCCCAAUGUGGGGCUCAAACCCAUGACUCUGAGAUUAAGAGUCUGAUGCUCUACCAACUGAGCUAUCUCUCUGGUGAAGAGUACAAUCUUAAGUGGGGAAUGAAGUAGUGGAUGAUAUGCCACUAGCAAACCUUUGUUGGUUUGUGCUGUUGGGCAGGGGUCUGGUGUAGAUUAUCUAUCUACACACACAUGUCCUGACCCUCUCAAGACAAUGGAUCUGGAGUUAGGAUUGCUCUGAGCAGUUGGAAGUGAGAUGUGCCCAGUUAAAAGCUUAACUUACCUGUAAAUUUACUAGAUGACCUGAGGCAACCCAAUAUCUCUCAGAUCCCUAGAUUACAUCUGGUGGGCUAAUAGUAGUGCCCUCCAUAUUAAUGCUGAGGCACUCUAUGUAAAGUCCUUUGAGCACUGAGGCAAAAUGCUGUAAAUUAAUGCAACAUAUUAAUAGGUAAUUGUUUUUAGCAUUUUGGACUGGGUUAUUUCUCUGCCUCUUCAUCCAGUUACUCCCUAUUUGCUUGCUCUUCUUUUGGGUACAAACUAUUAGAAUCCCAAAGAUGACAAGCAUCUGUUUAAAUUGCAAAGCAUUAAUUUAAUCAUGUUAUUUGUAAUGUUUCUUUGUUACUACGGUGUGCAAAAAUGCUGCCUUUCCUAGCUGCAUCCGUUUAUCAAAGAGUCUUUGAUGAUCAAUAAUGGUGGACAAGCCUGUCUAAAAGCCAGGGUGUCAAACACUAUCCACCUUCCAUGGCAGUGUGCAGCUCAAAUGGAGCAUAACAGAUCUUGUUUGCAUUCUGCAUGAAUCACACGUGUACCCUAGAAUGUGGCCAAACACUUCUUUAAAAUGCAUCAAAGUUCUGUGGCAGUCUGCUUGAUAUGGAAAGGCUGUCUGAUAGCAGAAAUUGUGAGAACUCCUACAGGUGAAACUUGGAAAAUUAGAAUAUCGUUGAAAAGUGCAUUUAUUUCAGUAAUGCAACUUAAAAGGUAAAACCAAUAUAUGAGAAAGAUGCAUGACAUGCAAAGCAAGAUACAGUGGUACCUCGGUUUAUGAACACAAUUGGUUCCGGAAGUCUGUUCAUAAACUGAAGCGUUCAUAAACUGAAGCGAACUUUCCCAUUGAAAGUAAUGGAACGUGGAUUAAUCCGUUCCAGACGGUCCGCGGAGUAACCGUUCAUAAACUGAAGCGAACUUUUCCAUUGAAAGUAAUGGAAAGUGGAUUAAUCCAUUCCAGACGGGUCCGUGAAGUACUUAAACUGAAGCGUUCAUAAACUGAAACAUGGGUGUAAUUGGUUCCGGAAGUCUGUUCAUAAACUGAAGCGUUCAUAAACUGAAGCGAACUUUCCCAUUAAAAGUAAUGGAAAGUGAAUUAAUCCGUUCCGGAUGGGUCUGCGGUGUUCAUAAACCGAAAAUUCAUAAACCGAGGUGUUCAUAAACCGAGGUUCCACUGUAUGUCAAGCCUUUAUUUGUUGUAAUUGUAAUUCUUUGUCGUUAGGCGGGUCAAUUAUAAAUGUAAUGUAAUUAAUGAAAUGUAAUAGUGAUGUUUAUUUUUGUAUUAUUGUAACUAUUUGUUUUAUUACUGUGGAAUUUCCAAAAUAAAUCAUUUGUAAAAAUUAAAAGAAAAAUAAUAAAUAAUAAGUUGCAUUACUGAAAUAAAUGCACUUUUUGACGAUAUCCUAAUUUUCUGAGUUUCACCUGUAUACCAGGCAAUCCACAGAAUUAUAAAAUUUCCUGGCCUGGAGAGAUAAAAAUGUAAAAUAACAUAUGAUUAACAUGUAAAGUUGAGAGAUUUGUAUUAAGUAUUUAUAACUUUACAGGCUAUACGUACAUAUCAUCUUUUAUGUUCUUUACCUCACCAACAAAAUGCUUUGACUCAAAAUGAAAAAUGAUUUGUUCUUCCCAAUGUCGUUCUUCUCAAGAACUGUCUUGUUGUGUAAACAUCUUGUUUAAUUUCGUAUUUUAAAUACAUUUUGUACAAGAGUAAUAAAGUAGCUUUUAUUUCAAAAUAAAAGGGGCCUACUAUAGAA